AAGAUAGAAAUCAAUCAGUCAGCAUUUUUAAAGUGCCAAUUAUAUGCCAAGCACUCUGCUAAGGGCUGGGAAGGCAAGGACAGGUAAUGGAAAAGAAACACAAAAGAGGUCUGGUCCUCUAAGAAUGUUGUCUAGAAUUACCAAACUCAGAAGGUGAAUGCUAAAGACAACAAAGUUCAAGAGGAAGCUCAAAGGAAGGAUGAAUUCACUGUUCACAGUAAGUGGGACAAUGAUAAGAGGUAAUGAUAAGAUAGAAAGCACAACUACUCAGUUAUUUUGCAUCUGUUUUCUCUACGUAAAAAGUGGGGUAACAGGGAGUUGAAACCCAAAAUGAAUGAGAAAUUUUAAGAGAAUGAAUUCAAGUCAAGAACUGGUAGACCUAAUUGCUGAGCCACUGUCAGUGAACAUUUAAAACUUGUGUAAAUGCUAUAGGACUGCAGGAGUACAAAUAUUCUAAUUUCUUAAGAGGGCAAAAUCUGUAAAAACUGAGACACUUGACUUUAAUUCAUGAUGAAAUUCUAAAACGUAAUUCCCUUUUUGGAAAUUUAGAAAGGGAAACACUCAUCAGUAGGAGCUGGCAUAGCUUCAUCAGUAAUAGGCCAAAAGCCAGUCUAACUUCAUUUCCCUUUUUGACAGGGUUCCUAGUCUGGAAGAUCAGGAAAAUCUCAUAGACAUAAAAUAUCCAAGUUUCAGCAAAGUGUAAGUCAAAAUCUCUCAAGCUGUCUUUUAAGACAAGAUGGAGAGAUGUGCAUUAGAUGUUAGUAUAGUUACAUGAAUAUGGAGUUAGAUGAAUGACAAAAUCCAAAGAGAAGUCAUUAGUGGGUCAGUAUCAACUUAGAUGACAGUCUCUAGUUGAAUGCCUAGGGAUUUCUAUUUAACCCUGUGCUGUUUAACAUUUUUAUCAAUGAUUUAGAUGGAAGCAUAGAUGGCAUGCACAUGAAAUCUGCAAAUGAUACAAACCUGGAAGGCUCAGUUAACAUGUUAGAUGAGAGCCAGGAUCCAGAAAGAUCUUGACAGGUUAGCACAGUGGCUGAAAUGAACGAUGAAAUUUUGUUCCUCUUCUAUGGACCUAUGAUAUCAUCAAUGUGGGUAUUCCUACCAAUGGUAUAGAUUGCAAUUCAUUCAUGCCUUCUAAUCUUGUGGAACACUUGUCUAUGUUUUCCCAUAAAUCAUCUACAGGGUAUCCAAACAGGGUACUCAGAGCCUUCCUAACAUUAACUAAUCCUAAUCAUUAACUAAUGAAGCAUAUGUAUUAUUACUAUUUUUUUAAAAAGGCUAUCAAGUACAGGGCCAGACCCCGGUCUGUCUCCAUGGGCUCCACAGGACUUCCGACACUCCCUCCUCUCCUCUGCACUGUGGGUGGGUGGCGGGGCAGGCGUGAUGGACACAGUGUGAGCGUAAGAGAUGACAAUAGCAACAUGACAAGAAGUUCUCAACCUGGACCGCAGGCUUUCAGGCCUGCAAGGAGGUGGCAUGCAGCAUCGGGGAGAUGGAAGACACCAUCAGAGAAAAGCAAGCAGUAUAUUAUAAACGAAGCCAGAAUGUUGUUCCAGAAAAACAAAAAUCUUACGGAUUCAGAACUAACUAAACAAUGCAUAGAUGAAUGUGCAGCAAGAAUUGAAAUAGGAUUGCAUUAUCAGAUCCCAUAUCCAAGGCCAAUUCACCUGCCUCCAAUGGCCCUCACUUCCCUACAGAGUUGUGAACUUCAAGCCUAGGAGAAGCUAAGAAAAUUUUCCAAACCAUUAUAUCUCAAGUCUCACGAUGAAGUUUCUUAAUCCAAGAAAUGGGUUUUCUGUAUGAACUGUGAGCCAGGCAGCGCCUGAGCACAAACUAGAUGAUGAAUCUUUUCUACUUAAGUCCAGUCAAAGAAAGGAAGGACAAAGAAUCUAGUCUUCACUGCAAUUUCUCUUAAACACUCAAAGAUUUGAGUCCUUAUUCUCAAUAACACUAAUUUAAUGUCCUUGAAUUGAUCAGUAUCAGUGUUUUGCUACUAGAUAGAAAUGUGCUAACUCCCAAAGAUCAUUUCUA